AUGGAAGUUUCCACGAUCCCAGACCUAUAUCCCAUGCCGGAUCUGCCUGUGGAUGAUGCUUGCGGCCCUUCGUCCAACGCGACACUGACAGGACGCAGCAAGCACGAUCUUCAACCCUGUCGGCAAAGUGCCGACGAUCAUGCGUCUUCGGGAGCCCAGUCCUUUACCCCCGAUGAGCCGCUGCCCGACGAGCCAACUGUCGACAGGUCCGGCCGCUCACCUCAACAAACGUUACCCGACGCAGCGAGGAAACCACCGAGCGUGCCCGUGGCAGUCGGAACUGUGUAG